UCUACCUUCUCCCCCGCUCCGCCCCUCCGGCUCGUCUUCCUACGGUAGUCGCCACCACAGCGGCCGCUGCCGGGUGCCGUGGACGUGUGUCAGUCAGCAGGACUCUCUGCGUUGGUGUCGUCAGUGCCGUUGACUUGCCCGCCAUGGCUGAGCUAGAUCCGUUCGGCGCCCCCGCCGGCUCCGCGUUAGGGAACGGGGUGGCCGGCGAGGAAGACCCGGCCGCGGCCUUCUUGGCGCAGCAGGAGAGUGAGAUCGCGGGCAUCGAGAACGACGAGGCCUUCGCUAUCUUGGACGGCGGUGCCCCCGGGCCUCAGCCGCACGGAGAGCCGCCGGGCGGUCCGGAUGCUGUUGAUGGAGUGAUGAAUGGAGAAUACUACCAGGAGAGUAAUGGUCCAACAGACAGUUAUGCAGCUGUUUCACAAGUGGAUCGAUUGCAGUCAGAACCUGAAAGUAUCCGUAAAUGGAGAGAAGAGCAAACCGAACGUUUGGAAGCCCUUGACGCCAAUUCUCGGAAGCAGGAAGCCGAGUGGAAAGAAAAAGCCAUAAAGGAGCUAGAAGAGUGGUAUGCAAGGCAGGACGAGCAGCUGCAAAAAACAAAAGCGAACAACAGGGUGGCAGAUGAAGCUUUCUACAGACAACCCUUCGCUGACGUGAUUGGUUAUGUCACAAACAUAAACCAUCCUUGCUACAGCCUAGAACAGGCAGCAGAAGAAGCCUUUGUAAAUGACAUUGAUGAGUCGUCCCCAGGCACAGAGUGGGAACGGGUGGCCCGGCUGUGUGACUUUAAUCCUAAGUCCAGCAAGCAGGCCAAAGACGUCUCCCGCAUGCGCUCGGUCCUCAUCUCCCUCAAGCAGGCCCCCCUGGUGCACUGAAGAGCCACCCUUGGAAACACUACAUCUGCAAUAUCUUAAUCCUACUCCGUGAAGCUGUUCACAGUAAUUGGAUUAAUUAUGUUGAGUUCUUUUGGACCAAACCUUUUGUCUUUAGAGUUGAUCAUUGUUUGUGAUUGCAUGUUUCCUUCAACUGUGUUCUCCCUGGCAUUCAGAGAGGAGGGGGGAAGAAGAGGAAGGGUGGAAGCUGCCAGCAGUAGCCUCAAACCUGUGCUUUCGUGCAUUAUUCUGAGAAUAAAUUUGUUUCAAACAAUAUAAA